AUGGCAUCGUUUGUGCUGCUUGACCUGCUGUCUCUGAAAAAUGUCUAUCAGCUGUGUCAAUGGGCAGCCUGGCUGUGUGCCUUGUUUGUACUGUUCACAGCUACCAAACUUUAUCUGAGGCGGAGGGAACUGAUUGCUGUGUUUAGACAUUUCCCUGGUCCCAGCCGUCACUGGCUCUAUGGCAAUGCACAUGAGGUAAGAACAAUAUUCCUCAAAAUGAAAUGGACACAAGUCAUAGUGUGUUACUGAAUCUACGGAGCCGCCUGUGACAAGCACUAUGAGCAAUUGUCCCCUCUGUUAUCUUUGCACAAGAUAAUACAUAAAUUGAAGUUAGAAUUUAUUUUAGUGUUUGCUUUUUUCAAGAAACCAAUUUCAUUUUUUUAAUUUUUAUUAUUUACAUCAUACGUAAGUUUAUCCUAAAGAGAAGAUGUUGCCAGUAACUGGAAGUCAUGCGGCGUUAAGUGUGUUUUAUAAUCCCACUGCCAUUUAUUUAUUUCAUAAAUAAAGCAUUAUUUUGUGGAAUACUGGGAGGGAGAGGGUUAAUGCUGGGGUGGGGAGGAUACUGGGAGUUAAAGCACAGUUAAAGCCACGCAGAACUUAAAAAAAAAAAAUUUCAAUCUGAGUUUCUCACACUAUUUGAGAUUUAUGAAUUAUGGUUGAACAGACAUAAAGCGCAAAUUACAGUUUUUGUUCACGUUUUGUUUUGAUCACAACUUUGGCUCCGUCCUUAAGGGGUUAAUGGAUGCUAUCACCUAAUCUAUUCUACAAAUAAAAUAUUAAAUGAGUUUGUUUUCACGUUUGUCUGCAAAAAGCAUGUGAUUUCAUUAACUAUUUCACACUGUAUGACACCAGUGCCAGAUAUUUUAGCCCAUACGGCGAUUCUGACAAAGUGCUUUUUUGCUUGGCAGCCCUGAUUGGCUGACUCGCAGGUAGUGAUUAGUGAUACCCAUUAACAUACCUCCCGUCCAGCCCAAUAUAAUAUCCCCCCAAUACAUAGCAUGUCUCCCAGUGUAGUUAUCUGUCAACCAGCACAUAAAAUGUGGGACAAAACAAUUAAAUUAGAAAUAUAAAAACAAGGUUAAAAUACCUCAGCUAACCUGGUCCUCAGUUUGUGAGUUGCUUGGAAACUGCUGUACAACUUUUAGUGACAUUUAGUGAAUAGACCUCUAUAGAUUAGACACAUGUCUCUAGAAUUUCCCAAGUGGAAUCAUAUAGCUUAAGGUGUAUGAUACAACCAUUAUGAUGUUUGUUAAUGAUCAGCUUACUUAGUAAUUCCAUUCAGGACAAAGUGCUGAACAUGUUAUUCUGUUAAUCAAUUUUCAGUACAAAACUCUGCCGCUGGAGGUAUAACUGCACCUCUGGCAGCAUCAUUUGGGUGUCAUCGACCAAUCUAGAAACAAGUGUUCUGGGCUGGCUUAUGUCAAUUCUGUGGAAAUUUCAUUGCACAAAAUGUCAACCAUUGACAGAGUCAGCUGACGGUCUCAGGCAAUGAAUGGCGACGCCAUCGGCUUCCAGCUGUGAACCUUUAGAGUCCAGAAAACCGUUACUAAUUGCUUUUUCCAAUUACCAGGUAACCGGACCAGGUUACUUCUCACAAUUCAUAACCAUUACAGCCGGCUGGAGUGACUGGUUACAAUGUUUGGAGUAUCCCUUUAAAACCUUUAAAACAACAAGGUUAUUAGCAACGUAAUCAUACAUUGAGCUGUAGAGGUUAUAUUGCUUACAGUAACGUACCCCUUUAAAAUUAGGGUGUGAAAAUUCAUGAACACGUACAUAGUGUGCCUUAUGUAACAAAAUCCUGUGCAUAGACAAGUAUGUAAUGACUAUAAGGAGAAUGAAUAGGUAGGCGGGUACCGACUAUAAAUAGAAACUUUUUAUUGUUCAAAGCAAAUAUGUUCACCUGUCAUGAUAGCACGGACGUGUACUGAGCUGAUAAUCAACCAGCAAUAUCUGUACAAAAUGGUCAUGUUGAGAAAAACAGAAAAGUCUGGAAAGUAGCUAGAUGGGUGUUUUUUUGUUUUUCUUUUUAUUCUUUAUAUUGGUUUGUGCAUAGAAUUACAAGUCGGCGUACUGUGCCACAACAUUAAUUUAAAGUUUUGUAGAAUACGUAUUAUAACAUUAACAUGACUGUGUAAUAAUUCUGCACAUUGUAUAGUAUAACUUAGCAAGAGCCGGGUCUCCAGGGCUGGUUUUGGAACACUGUGUCAUUAGACUGCCAUAUUAGAGUAGCCCUUGCACUCUAACUUGAGAAGAGUUGGAGUUGGAACGAGAGUAAGAAAAGGGAAAUAGGCUGAGUGAAAUAAGUGAUAUCCCUCAACAGAGUGUUGGUACCACACCGAUCGCCACCACACCGACCACCUGAUGCAAGUGUUCCGCCAUCUUCUAGCCGAGUGUGAUUGGUUUUGAUCCCUCUGUUCUGUCUCCAGUGUGGGUGACCAGAACUGGAGGAGCCACGUGUUGCAGCCGAUCUGCAGGCUUUAUCCUGAGGGAGUCUAAGGUGAGCUUCAGCCGCGUCUGCCACAGCCCUGGGGAGAUGUUAUCUUGCAGGGAGGGAAACUCAGCUGCCUCUCUGAAGCAUUUUGCUUGAGUCACGGCUUCUGCCAUUUUAUUGGAGACUCCUGGUCGAUUCUGCAGGCUGAUGGAUCGUGUUAAUGGUGGGGGCCACAGGGUGUGGACUGGGAUCACAUCUGCCAGUCCACAGCGGGUGGGACAGGGCCAGGUUCAAAUAGUGUCGGGAGUCUUGCUGGGUACAGUCGGGCAGGAUAACAGGGUAGCGGCCAUCCACUCCACUCACCGCCCGAGCAGGUGUCAUCUGGGUAGACAAAGGAUGGCCCUCCAAGGGACUAAAACACUCCUUGCAAGCCUCUCCUUGGAGCCAGUACUCCCUUGUGUAUGGGACCCCAGCUUCUAGUCUCCAGGUGGGUGAGAGAUCAGCUUUAAUGGGCUUAAAAUUCAAAAGAUUGCCCCCCGUGUUUUUUAUUUUAUUGAUUUUUCUUUUUUUUAAUCUAAAUAAAUAUAGUUAACUGCCAUUUCAUUAACUUAAACAUAAGUGAACAGUAGAACACUCCAUUUUUUCACAGUUUUUUCUUUCGAAAUUUUUGAACAGAUUACAGAUGCUUAAAAAAGUUAUCUAUAGAAAUCAUACAAAUAUAGAAUAUAGAAAUAAAUACAUUUGAGAGCGAGCGUUUUAAGAGGAGUUUUACGAAUUGCCCCAAAAUCACACAAUAACAUUACUUGUCCGAAAUACACACAUUAGCUCUAUAUAUUGUUUACAUUACAUGAUUUUAUUUUUUAAUUUGUGUUAAUGGAUAAUUUUCCAUUUUUGUUACAGCAGCUCCAAGACAUGAAAUGUAGGGAGUAGGCUUGUGCACAACACCAAAAACCUGGUUUGUCUCAAAAAAUAAGUCAUUUGAAAAAAAAAUUGGUUAAGGCAAAUCAGUUUCUGUCCAUGUGGCUUUUCGAUUUGGACAAAUCAAAAUGGUGUGAAAAUGCGUCUGUCGGUUUACUGCGAAAUAUAUACAUAAUAUUUAUUAAUAUACUGCUAAAAAAAAUGUAAUAUUUAUAUUAUGUAUAAAUUUUGCAGUUCCCUGAUAAAUGCAUUUUGCCCCAUUUGGUUCACAGAUUUAGUGAGAAGAAGUCACAAAUAAAAGGGAGAAAAGAGAUUGGGCAGUGAAAAAAAUCUAUAAUUAGUCUGCUCCUCUCACAAUAAUAAUGUCUCAAUGUUUCUGUCUCCCCUGCUCCUCUCUCAAUAAUGAUGUCUGUCUCCUCUGCUCCUCUCUCAAUAAUAAUAUCUCAAUGUUUCUGUUUCCUCUGCUCCUCUUUCAAUAAAAAUGUCUUAAUGUUUCUGUCUCAUCUUCUCCUCUCUCAAUACUAAUGUCUCAAUGUUUCUGUCUCCUCUGCUCCCCUCUCAAUAAUAACUGCUUGAUCCAAAGAUAAAUCUGACUGCCAUUCUGGGGUCAAGAAGGAAUUUUUUUCCUAGCUUGUUGCAAAAUUGUGCUUCAAACUAGGUUUUUUUUUUGCCUUCUUUUGGAUCACCGUAAAAAACAUGUGAGGUAGGCUGAACUUGAUGGACGCAAGUCUCUUUUCAGCUAUGUAACUAUGUAACUAAGUAACUAAUAAUGUCUCAAUGUUUCUGUCUACUCUACCCCACUCUCAAUAAUAAUAAUAAUGUCUCAAUGUUUCUGUCUCCUCUGCCCCUCUCUCAAUAAUAAUAUCUCAAUGUUUCUGUCUCCUCUAUCCCUCUCUCAAUAAUAAUGUCUCAAUGUUUCUGUCUCCUCUGUCCCUCUCUCAAUAAUAAUAUCUCAAUGUUUCUGUCUCCUCUGCUCCUCUCUUAAUAAUAUAUCAAUGUUUCUGUCUCCUCUGCUCCUCUCUCAAUAAUAAUGUCUCAAUGUUUCUGUCUCCUCUGUCCCUCUCUCAAUAAUAAUGUCUCAAUGUUCCUGUCUCCUCUGAUCCUCUCAAUAAUAAUGUCUCAAUGUUUCUGUCUCCUCUGUCCCUCUCUCAAUAAUAAUGUCUCAAUGUUUCUGUCUCCUCUGCUCCUCUCUCAAUAAUAAUAUCUCAAUGUUCCUGUCUCCUCUGAUCCUCUCAAUAAUAAUGUCUCAAUAUUUCUGUCUCCUCUGCUCUUCUCUCAAUAAUAAUGUCUCAAUGUUUCUGUCUCCUCUGCUCCUCUCUCAAUAAUAUCUCAAUGUUUCUGUCUCCUCUGCUCCUCUCUCAAUAAUAAUGUCUCAAUGUUUCUGUCUCCUCUGCUCCUGUCCCAUUCUGUCAUUAUUAGGGCAAGGCCAGAUUAAAAUGGCAGCAGCUGUAGCACCUACUAAUUUCAAGUAGGCCGGGAGGUACAAGUCUCAUUGCUGCGCUGAGAUUAAGGGCCUGAAGCUCAUGGUGUUACUCAAACAAUACAAUACUGGAAACAAUGUAUUUAUGAUGUCACACACCAUGCAGCUCAGAAUUCGCAAAAAAACAUAACCUACUUAUUAAGAUAAAGAGCAAAUUAUAAAGGGAUUUUUUUGUUUUUGUUUGGAGGGUGCGUGGUUCUUGUCCGAGUUGAGAUGUUUUUGAAUAUAGGUUUUCCAUGUGCUUAAGCACCUUUAUCUACAGUCUUUAUAUCCUUUCUAUGCAGACAGUGAGGAGAAUGAAGGCGAUAACCGCAAGGCUAACAUAGAGUUAAAUCUGGAAUUUGCUGAGAGAGAUGUAGAGCUUUCAGGUGGAAUAAUUUUACAGUAGAAACAGAAUGCACCCCGAAUUGUAGAGACAGGACGAGCAGUAUCUGUAAUGGGCAUGUAUUGUGGAUGUAAUCCAGUUUCGGGUGAAAACAGUAUACUUAUAGGGAGGGUUACGAAAGAUCAAAAAGCAAAAUUUUACUACAGAUAAACAGUUACACUGUGUGCAAAUUCAAUAGGGCUGUGGAUUUCCAGAGCCUUAUCAUAACAACCAUCACUGGAAAUCAUCGAAUACUACACAAUAUGCUCUAUUAAAAUACACAAUACAUUUUUUUGUUUAUUUAAAAAACAUUACGUAACAUUUUACAAUGUAACAAAAGGCAAAUUCCAAUAUUACAAGGAAGCCAGAUCAGUUCAUUACACACUGACUGUGCUUCAAGGUCAGUGUUGGCGCCGUAGACAAUGCAUUGUGGGCAGCUACUGGGAGCCUGGCAGAUAUAAUGUGUAUACUCUGACCAAAUGGUGGCAACGAGAGUAGGGUUGGGAUCCAGAUUAGGGACUAAUGCAGCACUCUCACUGUUUACAAACUCAUUAUUAUUAUUGCUUUAAUUUAUAUAGUGCCAAUAUAAUUAUAAAAUGGGGAUAUUUGACAACAAGCUAUUUAUAUACAGAGUAUAACAGACAAGAGGUGAAGAAGGCCCUGCUCAAAUGAAUUUAAAGUCUAUGAAGAAGGGGUAAAGACAUAACAGCAUGUCAGAUGGUUGGAAAGAUUGAUGGAUGAGAUACCUGUAGUGAGAUAAGCUGGAGAGAGUGAGCCGGGGUAUGGAGGCGAGGGAACUAAUGAGGGCAGUGAAAUGAAAGAAACGUCACCCAGGAAGAUGGUAAACUUUCCUAACGAGGUGUGUUUUCAGUGGCUUCUUAAAGAACUGGAGUCUAGGGGAGAGUCUGAUGGCACGGGGUAGUGAAUUCUUACGGAAUGGGGAAGCUUUAGAAAAAUCUUGCUGAUGAGAGUUGGCAGUGAGGGAAUGAGUAGAUGCCAGCAGAAGGAAACUUUCUGGGUGAAAUUAAUGAAAAGGGGUAGUUUGUUGAGUAAAUAGGAAAUAUAGUUAGGAGUAGAGGUAGUGAGGGCUUUGUAGGCUAGUGAUAGCAGCUUGCAUUGGACCCUGAAGGGUAAAGGAAGCCAAUGUAAUGAUUGGCAAAGGGGUGAGAUGUUGGAGUAGAGGUCAGUAAAUAAGAUGAGCUUGGCUGCGGCAUUCAUUAUAGACUAACGAGAGGCAAUGCGGGUAUUUGGAAGGCCGAUGAGUAGUGAGUUGCAAUAGUUAGUUAGCUUUAUAGCAUUCUCCCAAUUCCUCAAUUGUUUACAAUUUGGACAAUCGUGAUUCGUUUAAAACCCGAAUACAGUACACAAGUUUAGUAGGGAGUUUCAUCUUCAGUCAAUGCCAUUAAUUCAUCUCCUCUCCCAAUAAUAAUCUAUGUUUCUGUCUCCUCUGCUCCUAUCUCAAUAAUAAUAAUACAUUUUUUCUCUUUAACUCCUCUUCCAUUAUGUCAUUAUUAGGACAGUGCCAGAUUAAAAUGGCAGCAAGUCCAUGUCGACCAAGUAAAAAUUGGUGAAUAUAUUUAUUCUCCAUAGCAAUAUGAGUUCAAAGAUGCAGAGUCUGUAGUGGGGAUUUAUCAAGGCAAAACAGUGGCUUUUCUGGACAGAAGGGCUGGAUGGUGAGAUACAGUAUACAGAAAUCUAUUGUAAAUUUCUCGUUUAGUAUGUUGACCCCAGAGAAGCACCUUUUUAAUUGAUCAGUAUUCCCUGUAAUUACUUCCUACCGAUCUAUGAAAGGAAAACGUAUAGAUAUAGAUAAUGACCAUAAAAAGUUCAAAACUUUUGUUGUAAUCGCAUACACUAAAUUUGACUGAACCGAAAUGCCACAUGGAUGAAAACCGAUUCACCUGGAACAAAAUAGUUUUGGGACGAAUCGUUUCAGACAGACUGAAAUUUAUGCACGUGCACAAGUCUAAUACUUGGCAUGGAUAAAUAGAUUACACAACAGCCAAUAAACUGUGUUUAUCUUUCACAUGAAUUUACAAUAACUUAUAUUACAAAAUUUAUGUAAUUACUUCAGCUAUGAGAAUCAUUUUAUGUUAAUAAUGUCCUUCCAACUUCAAAACAGCUUAUUCAUUAAUAUAAAAUUUAGAACAAACCAAUUCAUUCCUCAAAUACAGUUUCCAGGUCUGCUAUUUUUGUUUAGCCUUUUGACUUGACUACCAGUUUAUUUCUAAGUCUAAGUGAAUGGAGUGUGUACUUUGAUUUAGGACUGCAGAGGGCAAGUGUGUUCAUCUUGAUAACACAUAUCUCUUAUUGACUAUCUAUACAGCAGCCCGUGGGUUGGCUCGCUUUUGAAUCAGCAGUAACAUUGUAGGUGAAAGGUGUUUUAGGGCAGGAUCACAACUGACAGUGGUGUGUUACUGUUUUCUAAACAUAUUAAUAUCUGUUACUAAAAUAUUUCUUGAUUAUCUAUGUUGUGAAUCAUAUGUUCACAUUUUUGAAUUCCGUAAUCCUUGAGCACAAAGCAAGAGGAGGCAAGUGUCCCCUGGAAUUUUCCUGUUAAUUAAAAUUAAGUUAGUGUUAAGGGUGGCAGAAAGUACACUGCCAGGCAGCUAUUGAUAUUUGCAGAUCCCACCAUAAGCUCAGCCCCUUUCCCAAAAUGGAUGUCAGAAAAGUGGAUCAUGAGAUAGUCUCAGUCUGCAGUUCCUCUACAGACACGCCCCAACCCCCACACACACAAUUACUGACAAAGCAUACACAAAAUACAUUCAGUACUAAAAAAAGCCCCAGGAGGGUGGAAAUUAAUUCUGUCCCUGGUGGCUAGCGGCUGCUGCUGGGCUGGGAUCUCUGUGCUCUUCCAGCACACGUCUCUCUUGCGCCCAGCAGUGAUGCUGGGAUGACGUUAUAUCUCAACAGCCAGCUCACUGCAGGGCGCACAAGGGAGCUGUCCAGGAGAAGCACAGUAUGUAAUGGGCUCCUUACCUCCCUCAUCGCCCGGCAGCACAGACGACAACCGGGCUAAAUUUAAAGGAAUAUGUACUGUGAGCAUUACCUUCCCAAAUAUUCCAAUUCAGUUUUAGUUGGUCAUUUAUGGGUGAUAGUUGCCUUAGUGCUAAUUCAUAACGUCUGUUGUCAAUAAUUAAAUAUAAAAGGUCCUUAAGAGAUGGAACUUUGGUUGUUUUCCAAAAUCUGACUAUGUAGCUGUAAUUAAAAUGUGUCCAAUCAUAAUUUUGUGUAUUUAAAAUAUAUUUUAUGGGAAUCCCUUGAACAGGCAUAGCCUCUGGUGACAAUGUCCUAUUAAAGGAUUUUAAGCAUGCGUGGGAUAGGCAUAAGGCUAUCCUAACUAUAAGAUAAGGCCAGGGACUAAUGAAAGUAUUUAGAAAAUUGGGCAGACUAGAUGGGCCGAAUGGUUCUUAUCUGACGUCACAUUCUAUGUUUCUAUGUUUCUAUUAAAUUAAAUAUGUUCAACCAGUCCUCUAGGUCAUAUUUUUGUUUUAAAUCUAUUUCCCACGCCAACAUGAUAUCCUUUUAAGCAUUAGGCCUGGAAGAAAUACAUGAAUAACACAAAGAGAUGGAACGCUUCCUUCCUGGAUCACAAAGAUAUGUGUUUUGCAAAUCGGAGUUUUCUAAUUUAAUGUAUUAAAAAUCUCAAAACAUGAGAUGGAAAGAGAUAGAAUUGUACUCUGCAAUACCUGAGUUUUCUAGUUCAUAUUUUACUUUUAAUUUGCCAAUUUAAUUAAUUUGUUAAGAACAUUAGGGAAUUACCGAUAAAAACCAUCAUCUAAACGAACUAUGGAGUAUGAAUACCAAAAAGCAAAGUCAAGCUGCAAUUGGUAUAUUUUAAUACCAAUAAUGGCAUGGCUCUAGACCAAUUAGUAGAUGUUCUGAUUUUACAAAACACUACAUCCCAGGAUUUUAAGGUAAUCUUAGUGGAGGGAAACUCUUUGGGCAUUUGGAAGAGGAUAACCAUAAACGUUCCUUAAGUGAAUGGGGGGUGGGUUUUUUUUUUCCUAUUUCCAUUUCUAGCCUUUUAGGUUGAUGUCCAAAUUAAAUUUGAGAACAGAUGCUGCCUUUGUAGCGUAGUUAUAGUUUUUACAAUCUGGGAUCCCUAAACCUCCAAUAACUUUAACGUGCGAUAAUUUAAUUAUUUUUUUUAAAUAUAUUUUUCUAUUAGAGAAAAGACAGCUAAAGGGAUUGCUCUCAGAAAACAAAGAAUUUUAGGAAGGGUGGUCAUCUUAAUGAAAUUCAAUCUACCUAAUCAUGAAAUUUCUAAAUUACACCACCUGUCCGUUUCGUGUUUAAGAUCCGGCCAUAUUUUUGCCAGCUGGUAUUCCUGCAUCCUAGCCAGGUUCUUGCUUAGACUGGUACCCAAGUAUGCAAUAUGGGAGUCCCUCCGACCAAAACAAUGAUUAUUCUCCAAUUCUACCAAGGCAGGCCAUGGAAUGUGAAAUGGCAGUGCCUGGGUCUUAUGCAAUUUUAACCUGUACCACGACACUUCACCAUAUUGUUGCAAUAUUAAAAGCAAUGAUUUCAUCAAAGUUUUGGGAUUUUUUUAAUGAUAACAUAAUAUUAUCUGCAAACAACCUCAUUUUAUAUAGAUCUUAUUUUUAAUUCUGAUGCCCUCUAUUUUAAAAGUUAUUCUAAAUAAUUCAGACCCCUUUUAUCGUUUCACAUUGUCCAGCAAGUUCAGGUAAGUCAUAGAAUGGAAACAAAAAGGAAAAUAAGUAAAAAAAAAAAAAAUGUCCAUUCAAUCAGGUUGAGACUCGGGAUCUAACUGUAAGUGAAAAUGUUCAAUACUUAUAAAACUUUCAUGGACACUACACUGUUACUUUUCUUAUUUUGCCAAGUUUUCAUUGAGGUUUAGAACAGUACAGAAGAUCAGUUCAACAUUCCAUAAACCGUUUACUGGACAUGUUCAUGCAUUUAACUUGUUCUCUACAUCAAUCGCAUAUCAAUGGUUUUAGGAGUUUUAUAUGUUAGUACUUUUCGUCUUCACAUCAAUUCGAAAUGAAACCAUAUCGAUUCACAGAGAGAAUGUAUUUCUUUUAACAUUAUGUUUGUGCGACAUAUUACUUCGCCUUCAUCCAAAAUGUGUCCAGUAUUUAAACAAAAAUAAUGGAAUGCCGUUACCUUUGUAAUCACCAUAUAUCAUUCUUUUCAUUAAAUUGUAUCAUACAGUUCCGUCAGGAUGGGAAGGAUUUGGACAAUGUCGUUGAACAUAGUGAAAAAUUUUCAAAUGCUUACCCAAUGUGGCUAGGAAACUUCUUCGCUUCUCUCAUUGUUUAUGAUCCUGACUAUGCAAAGGCCAUUUUGUCAAGGCAAGGUGAGAACCAGCAAUGCCUUCUCCUAAUAUUAUAUAUAAUAUUACUCCCAACAGUGCAGAUAGAAGAAUUACUGUUGUACAACUCAAGAUGGACUUCGAAAAGUCUGCCUUGGGAACAGAAACUCUAACUAUCCCAGAGUUCCGAGCUUGACAUUCAAACGAGCACGGACAGUCAUCGCGUUUCAGUCUUCUCUCUGCAUUUCUCCAGAUAUCGUUAGCAAUGGAUGCUGUUUUAAGCACAACUUGGCACAUGUGCUCACAGAGAAACUUCAGCUUCCAGGACAGAACCCUGUGCCAUGCUGACAAGACCUAACGGUUGAAAUUGUACAGUCCAUGGCUGGUUUCUGGUCACAGGGCAUUUUGGAUCACAACCCACAUAUUGGUUAAAAAAAACAAAACAAAGCUGUGUUUAAACAGUGUCCAUUGCUCUAUGACACCCUGACUGACAUUACAUUUUACUAAUAGCUUAAACUCUGUUAAUUUCUGGUCACUACUUCCAAAUUUCCCCUGCUACCUCUUGUCUCAAAUCCCCAUUAAAUCCUUUAGAUUGUAAACUGUCUAACUAAGCACUUUGUAUAAAAGAGCUUCAAUGGCUAAAUCUCAGCUUACAGGCGAGGCCUUCUUUACUUUUUGUAUUGGUCUGUGUAUAUUGUACGUUCUAACCUUAUUGUACAGCACUAUGGAAUAUGUUGGUGCUUUAUAAAUGCCAGUAACAAAUAAAUAAAUUGCUAAGUGUACCUGUAGAAAAGCAGAUUGACGUCCGAAACACAAUCCCAACUUGUGCUUAUCGGCAUGGUAAAUUGGUAAUAAUUGUAAACACACACAUGAUUUCUUCAGUUUCUUUCCCCAAGGCAGACUUUACAAAGUCCAGCUUGCGAUAUGCAGGUGAUACGAACAGUAAUUUCUAUACAUAUUGAUAAAUAGACAGGUAAUGUUUAUUGUUCUCGGUUUCUAAAAAUAAGAUAAUUAGAAUAACCAACCAAGAAUAGCAAAACCAGUAUAUGUCAUGCAUUAAAGGAACACUAUAGGGUGAUGGCAAUUAAACCUGAAUACCGAGGUUUAAGUUUAGAAAAAACAACUCAUACAGUUGUCCGAACUAAUUAACAUCUUUUGUUUUAAAAGAAGAACACAACAGAGAUUUCAGUGAUACAAAUUAUAAAUAAUGAUACAAAUAAUAGAUAAAAUUAAGCUUAUAUUUAUUAGUAUCUCUAACAAAUGCAAUACAUACAUACAGACUGUUGAAUACAGUCACAGACUUCUGAACACAUUCACACACCAACUGCUGAAUACAUACACACACCGACACAAACAUACAGACUGCUGAAUGCAUACACACAAUCCGCUAAAUACACACACACAGACUGCUGAAUACACACAAACUGCUGAAUACACACACUGCUGAAUACACAUACAGACUGUAACGGAUCACCUGGCACCCCGACUGGGUACCUCCGUUAAAGGAUGCUCCUAGUGCUUCCUGAGGACUCCAAGCACAGCAGCAGACACCACAACCACCGAACCGGAGAAGCAUAUGAAUCCUCUCAAGCAUAUGAAGGCUGUAGACAGUUGAAUAGGAACCAUACAAAUAGGUUUACUCUCCUAGCAGUCAAACUGUAACAGCAUACAAUAAAUCCUUCCCCCAAUAAUGAGACGACACUUCACUUUGAGGGUUAAAACAGGAACUGACUGUACUGGCACACCCAGCCUGGUUUUUAUUACAGUCUUUCACAUACAGGACCGCCCACAGGGAGGUAUAAAACAACCAAUCACAUAUCAGUUACAUCCCACAUAUUCCCUCCCCUUAUCCUGAGAGGAAACUCAAUUACACAUACAGUUAAAACAUACUUUCUAUCCAACUUUCAUAACUUUAAAACCAUACAUCACAUUCACAUAAAAUUACAUAUUCACAAUCAAUCCAUUCAGGGGAACAACAUAUUAAAAUGGCAUGAAUCUGACCAGGGGUUCAAAAGUUAGUAAAAGUAUCUUUUGGGCCCUGGCUGACACAUGGCUAUCUGGCUCAAACAGGUUUUACAGAGCCCUCUAUCCUGGAGACAAUGGGGGAAAGUAAUCCAAUUAUCCAGGGAUAGAGGCAGACUCCAUUGAGCACAUGGUUGCAAAAAUACAUAAAACACUUUAAAAUACAUAAAGUCACCUUUUACAUAUAACACACAGACAUUUCACAUAUCCCCAGAUAGCUGGGAUCUGAGCGCACAAAACUACCGAAUAGCGCUCAGAUCCUAUUCACACAGUUCAAUUGCCAUGGAGCCGAAGUCUUUAACUACCUGAAUGGGCUCCAUGGCAUAGCUAUCUGGGUUAACACAUUCACAUAAAGUCUGGCCCAUAGUCCAAAGGCAAGAGGCGGGCAAGCAGCCCCCUCCAAGGACACGUGGCGAGGUCGGUUUCGCCACACAGACAAACUGCUGAAUACACAGACAGACUGCUGAGGAGUACACACACAGACUGUUGAGUACACACAGGCAGACUGUUGAAUACAGACACACAAACACACACAUACUGCUGACCACACACACACACAGACUGCUGAAUACACGCAAACAGUCCACUGAAUACACACACACACAGACUGCUGAAUACAUACAGACUGCUGAAUAAACACACACAUAUUGCAUUGAGGUGUGCAGUGUAUGUGUUUGUGUGUACGAGUGCGGAGUGUGUGUGUGAGGUGUGCUGUGUGUGAGGAGUGAUGUGUGUGCAUAGGGGUCUUGUGUGUGUGGGGGGUGCUGUGUGUGUGGGGGGAGGUGUGCUGUGUGUGGGUGGGAGGGGUGCUGUAUGUAGGGGGGAAGGGUGCUGUGUGUGUGUGUGUGGGGUGGGAGGGGUGAUGUGUGUGUGGGGGGGGUGCUGCAGGUAGCAAAUGUGUGUGUGUGUGUGUGUGUGUGUUUUUGUUUUUUUUAAUAAUAAAUUAUAGAAAAAUACAUAUUAAAAUCUUUACCCCCCCUCCUUCUUACCUUUGGUGAAGGAGGGGGGGACACAGCCAGCCCUGGUGGUCCUGUGGUGGUAAGUUCUCUGUAGGUUUUUGCUGCAGGUCUCCUGUCCUCCCGCGCACGGAAUGCAGUGUGGAGUGUUGCCAUGGUAACACGUGGCAACGCUCCCCACAGACUGCUUGCGGAAGUACAGGAGAGCUGCUUCCCAGAUCCCUCCCUCUGCUUCUUGAUAUGAAAGCAUAGUAGACACCUGCCAUUUUGGGCAGGCAGGUGCCUACUCUGCAUUGCUGCCAACCGGCACCAGUGGCCCCUCUCUCCCCUGACGACCUAUGGUCACAUACCUACAGAGAGGACUCGGGGUACCACCUGUGGCAUGUGUGCCAUAGGCUCACCAUCACUGCCCUAUAGUGUUAAAACCUAGCCAUUACUGCCCUAUUUUGUUAAAACCUAGCCCCCCUUGCCUCUCUAAAUAUAGUAAAAUCUUACUUGUAUUCAAGUCUGCAGCUGCUGACUCUGCCCAUGUCUGCCUCUGAAACUGCCUGCUGUCAUCAUCAGGAGUGGUGCUCUGAACCAAUCACAAUGCUUCCCCUUAGGAUUGGCUGAGACUGUAAAGGAGGCAGAUCAGGGGCAGAGCCAGCACAAAUCAAACACAGCCCUGGCCAAUCAGCAUCUCCUCAUAGAGAUACAUUGAAUCAAUGCAUGUCUAUGAGGAAAGUUCAGUGUCUCCAUGCAGAGGGUGAAGACACUGAAUGUCAGUCACACUGUGCAGAACUGGCCCAAGAAGCACCUCUAGUAGCCAUCUGAGGAGUGGCCAGUGGAGGUAUCCCUAGGUUGUAAUGUGAACACUGCAUUUUCUCAUUAAAGACAGUGUUUACAGCAAAAAGCCUGAAGGGAAUGAUUCUACUCACAAGAACAAAUUCAAUAAGCCGUCCCUUAAAUGGCGGCUACAUCAGCAGACAUCAUAACGGCCCCAAUUUUGUAUUUUCAGAUGUCUUGAUUGUCCCAUUAUACAGUUCAACAAGUGACAAUGUGGUCUGUACCUUGUAUUAUUACAGUGUCUAUAGCUAUCCUCUGCAGCCCAGUUUAUUAGUCUACAUGGCACAAAAUAUGUAUGUGGUAAAGAAAGGCCCACUCAACCAUCAAAGAUACCAUUCUAACUAGCCACAAAAGAGCUGAAAUAAAAUAGUUAUAGUUUCAAUGUUAUCAAACAAGUAGUGGACAAACUUGGCACAGCACCAAAUCCUCUCUUGAGUCUCACAUCAAAAAGGAGAGAUAGCCAUACAUGCUCCUCCAUGGAGAUAGGGUCUGUAAAAUGAAUAGAAUUUGCAGAGCUAUAAUUUAUGUCAUAAAAUUACUUCAAAUGCAAAUGACAAACUCCUGAGUUAUUCAUGUCUUUUAGCAAAUUCCAUAAAUUGUUAUAAUUAUGUAAUACCUACAAUCUCGAGUAGAUUUUAGUCGAUUAAAUCUCCAGUAGAUUUUAGUCAACAUAACUAAAAUUAUGGGUUUAGUUAAAGCCUCUAUAAGUCUCUUUUGCCCAUUCCCCAGCACCCAUGUGUCUCUUUGUGCGCUCCCAGUCCUGCUCUGUCUCUUUUGCCCCUUCCACAGUUCCUCUGUGCAGUAUUACUUUUGGCGGAACAUUUUAAUUUAGUUUUAGUCAUAGUAUUUUGACUAACAAGCCAUUUUAGUUGUAUUUUAGUCAUCUGAAUUGUUUUAGUUUUAAGUCUCAAAAACCUUAGUCUACUAAAAUCUGACAAAUUGUUAGUCGACAAAAUUAACACUGAUAUAUACACAACAGUGGUGCACAGUGCUGUGUGUGUGUGCAUAUGUAAAAUACAGAACACCUGUGUGUUUUGUGAUUUAACAAGACCAUAAACUUUUUAAAUUCCCUAUACAAUUAUUCGUACAGAUUGCAUGUUUCAGAGUUUCUCGUGAAGCUUAUUUUAUUAAAUUGUCAUAUUGUUUUACAGAUCCAAAGGAUAAUUUUGCAUACUACUUUAUCACUCCGUGGAUUGGUAUGUAACUUGAUACAAAUUACUAUAAUGGCAUUAUUCCAGGAAAUAUUCCAGGACAUUAGCACAACAAUACACAGUUUUAAUUCUAUUCAGAAAUUAGAUAUUGAAUGGUUUCUUUGGCAAUACAAAAAAAGGGCAGGUUUAGGGCAAAACUAUUUGUUAUUUAAAAAAAAUAAUAUGGUGUGUGGGAGCCUGGAGUGUGCUUUUAUUAAUAUACACCCACCCAGUAUAACUAACUGUAACCCAACCUACACAAUGCAUCUAAUGUGUGUGGGAGCAUGGAGUGUCCCUUUAAUAAUAUAAACCCACCCAGUAUAACUAACUGUAACCCAACCUACACAGUGCAUCUAACGUGUGUGGGAGCCUGGAGUGUUCCUUUAAUAAUAUAAACCCACCCAGUAUAACUAACUGUAACCAAACCUACACAGUGUACAUAAUGUGUGGAGGAGCCUGAAGUGUCCCUUUAAUAAUAUAAACCCACCCAGUAUAACUAACUGUAACCUAACCUACACAGUGCAUCUAACAUGUGUGGGAGCCUGGAGUGUCCCUUUAAUAAUAUAAACCCACCCAGUAUAACUAACUGUAACCUAACCUACACAGUGCACCUAACGUGUGUGGGAGCCUGAAGUGUCCCUUUAAUAAUAUAAACCCACCCAGUAUAACUAACUGUAACCUAACCUACACAGUGCAUCUAACGUGUGUGGGAGCCUGGAGUGUCCCUUUAAUAAUAUAAACCCACCCAGUAUAACUAACUGUAACCUAACCUACACAGUGCAUCUAACGUGUGUGGGAGCCUGGAGUGUCCCUUUAAUAAUAUAAACUCACCCAGUGUAACUAACUGUAACCUAACCUACACAGUGCAUCUAACGUGUGUGGGAGCCUGUAGUGUCCCUUUAACAUCGUAAACCUAGCCAGUAUAACUGUAACCUAACCUACACAGUGCAUCUAACGUGUGUGGAAGCCUGGAGGGUUCCUUUAAUAAUAUAAACCCACCCUGUAUAACUGUAACCUAACCUACACAGUGCAUCUAAUGUGUGUGGGAGCCUGGAGUGUCCCUUUAAUAAUAUAAACCCACCAGGGAGCCUGAAGUGUCUUUUACAUUAAUGCCUUCCUAUUCAUCAAAGCUACUGUGAUGAGCAAAAUUCUUUCAGUUUAAAACCUAGCCCCUAUGCUGUGUUGUUAUGUUUACUGUACAUUAUAAAGUAUACAUUUUACAAAUCAGUUUUUCUGCAAAGUUACCUCAGUUUUGACAGCUUUACCUUUAAAGAAAAGUGUAUGUGGUUUCAGCAUGAAUUGGAAACUCAUCUGAUCCCAAAAGUUGUACAAACAUUGUUCUUAUAUUAAAUAGAUUGAAUCACAAACGCAUGUAUUUUAGCUGGUGUGGACAUUAAAGGCAUCAAAACAACGUUUGCUUAAUGAUGCAGAUUCAAUGUACAUAUCACGUCCCUGCAGUAUCAUCACUCAGUUCUUUGCCAUUUAGGAGUUAAAUAUUGUUUCUGUUUAUGCAACCUUAGCCCCACACUCCCUGGCUGUGACCAACACAGCCAGCAUGAUAAAAAAAAAAUGGUUUCAUUUUCAAUCAAAUGUUAACUUACUUUAGAUGUUUUUCUUGCACACAGGAUGUUUCUGCAGGGUCUAGAAGGCUAUUAAAAGAGCAGGAGAUAAGAAAUUUUAAAUUAAACAUUAUGUGCUAUAUACGGAGUUUAAACAUUAGAAAUCUCUUUACAUGAAGAUUUUAUGAAGGCUGUGCAAAUCAUAUCCAGGGAGCUCUGGCUAGGGCUGCAUAAUGAAAAUGAUUUAACUCCUAAAUGGCAGAUAACUGAGCAGUGAGACUGCAGGGCAUGAUCUGUAGACUUUUUCAUUAAGCUUAAGUUGUCUUGGUGCCUAUAAUAAUCCUUUAACUCUUAUUUUUCUUUAGGUAUUUCCAUUAUUCUGUUUGCGUUCACCAUGAAGCAUUUCUUGCUUUAACCCUUUAUGAUUUUCAUGCAUUAUUCAGGGAAGGGUCUCCUGGUUUUGUCUGGACAGAAGUGGUUCCAGCACCGUCGCCUGCUGACCCCUGGUUUUCACUAUGAUGUGCUGAAGCCGUAUGUGAAGCUAAUGGGGGACUGCACUAAAGUCAUGCUGGUAAUUCCCGCUGAUAACCCCUUCACCAAACCCCAUUUUGGACAUGUUCUUCCUUUUAUAAACUACAUAGUCUCCUUAAAAAAAAAAUGUUAGAAUUUCUUAACAUGUCUUACUCAGGGUGCCAGGAGUGUUCUUGCACCCCCUUCCUCCAUUGUAAGUAAAAAAAAAAAAAAAUGGUUUGAUUUCUUACCUGUGGUCUGCCAAACACCACUCCCUGCCUCCACUACUCACUCCGGAGAGCUGGAAGGACUUAGCUGAGGGCAAGCUGAUGAAAACAUGGAUUGGCUUGCUGCUGGUCACAUCAAGAUGUUGUUUGUUUUCUUAUCUAAUACACAUUGAUUUUAUUUCUUUACAUCUUAUUUUAGGGCAAAUGGGAGCGAUUGGUCCCUGAAAAUAAGCCAAUUGAGCUUUUUCACUUUGUCAGCCUUAUGACCCUGGACACCAUCAUGAAAUGCGCCUUCAGUUAUCAAAGCGACUGCCAGAAUAACAGGUUUGUUGACUGAAAAAUUCUGCUGUCUGCAUACCGCACAAUAUGUCAACAAUUUUAUAUUUAUAUCCUAGUAGCACAUUCACUAAACAGUGAGUGUCAAAUAAACGACAACUAAGUAAGACAAUUCAGACAAAAAAAUAAAUAUAUAUAAUGAUUUUGAAAUAGCCUCAGUUAACAGUAUUUUUUCUAACCCUUUUUGUUUACAUACAUUUCCAAUUCUUAUUAAUAAAAACUAGUUUAUUCUAAAUUGGCUCACACAGAUUAUGAUCUCUUUAAUAGGGGCUUGUUAUGAAAUUAAAUUUGCUUCUUGGUUGUCAACCAACUCUCUGUUGGAGUGGAUAAACCCCUUGUUUGCUUUUUAUUUCUGCGGUCAACCCAUUCAGUGGUCGUGGUGUCUCUGAUAAAUCUGAACAUGUUUCUGAAAUUAGAUUAAUUUGUGGUAAUUUGGGGGGGACAUUGAGAGAGAAGUAGAAAUACAAAGUGAUGUCAUGCAAUGUAUAUUAUACAGAGAGCCCACAGAUUAAAUCACACAAUCAGAAACAAGAGACAUUCGAAAGGGACAACCGGUUAUACAAUACUGCUUUUUAUGCUGGUGCUCUACAUAAAAUAAAAACAUUUACCUAAAUACUCCUUGUACAACAGAAAGGUUAACAUCGUAGUCAUUAUCCAGGAAGACUGGAAAUAAUAGGUACCAUAUCAGGACUGCCUUACUCAUUCAGGGACACUUGGGAGGUACUCCUUUAGAUCUAACUUAACUCUUGUUUAGUUAAAUGUUAGUUAUUGCACUCUAUGCCUCAUUAAUUUAUGAUGUUCCCUAUUUAUGACUUUUACCUAUCUUAUCUCCGCCAUCCCCUCAUGUCCUUUUAAAUUCCCUUUCAUCUGCUUUUUCCUUGAUUUUGUUUUUAACACCUCAAUGAUUCUCCACCCACAAUCUGAUUUAUCUAACCCCAGAUUCUCUCCUUUUAGCCUGGGCCCCUUACAAUAUUGAAUCAGCUACACCCAGGACUCACAGCACACAUCCCUGCAGGACUUGCCAUAAGCAGAGCCUGGGCCCCUUACAAUACUGAAACAGCUACACCCAGGACUCACAGCACACAUCCCUGCAGGACUUGCCAUAAGCAGAGCCUGGGCCCCUUACAAUACUGAAACAGCUACACCCAGGACUCACAGCACACAUCCCUGCAGGACUUGCCAUAAGCAGAGCCUGGGCCCCUUACAAUACUGAAACAGCUACACCCAGGACUCACAGCACACAUCCCUGCAGGACUUGCCAUAAGCAGAGCCUGGGCCCCUUACAAUACUGAAACAGCUACACCCAGGACUCACAGCACACAUCCCUGCAGGACUUGCCAUAAGCAGAGCCUGGGCCCCUUACAAUACUGAAACAGCUACACCCAGGACUCACAGCACACAUCCCUGCAGGACUUGCCAUAAGCAGAGCCUGGGCCCCUUACAAUACUGAAACAGCUACACCCAGGACUCACAGCACACAUCCCUGCAGGACCUGCCAUAAGCAGAGGUAGCAUUUCUGAAUGAUCAUCACAACUUUUAUAGCUCAAAUUACCUAGCUUUCCUGUUAAACCAAUUAUGUCCACCAAACCCUCCACACCUAAAAUAGCUAAACUCACACAAUACCUCUUUAACCCUUUACCCCCCUAACCACAGCUCUUAAAAACACAGCACCUAUUCUCCUAAUAAUGUUCUCACUUCUAUUUUUCACUUUCUCUCUCACUUCCUUCACUAUCAAUAUCUCUCUAUCAUUUCACUUACCUGUUCCUGCUGACACCAUCUUCAUUGCUCCCUCUCUGCUCCCCUCAUCUCUGUGUUCAUCACACACACUUUACUCAUAUUUAUCCAGCCUUUCUCCACACACCCCUCCUAAAUCCCCUAAAUACAAGCUCUCAUCCCCAACAUUGCCGUAAUCUAUCGUCCCCCUGGUUCCCCUCUUCUCCUCCUUGACCACUUUGCUGCCUGGCUACCCUACUUCCUCUCUUCUAACAUCCCAUCCCUAAUUCUUGGAGACUUCAAUAUUCCCAUUAACCCACCUUUGACCCCAGCAGCCUCUAAACUACUUUCAAUUACUUCCUCCCUUGGACUAUUGCAGUGGGCUAAUUCUCCCACUCAUGUAGCUGGCAAUACCCUCGACCUUAUUUUCUUUUAUUCAUGUACAAUAUCUAAUAUCCGAAACACUCCCCUCUCUCUGAUCACCACCUCUUAUCAUUUGCUCUCAAUUACCCCCUCACCCAACAACCUCAGCCUAACCCUCUCAACUCAGGAGGAACCUUAACUCUAUUGACCUCCAGCAGCUGUCAGCAGACAUUGAUUCACAACUGCUAUCCAUCCCUUCCCUCUCCUGUCCCUCACUGGCCAUCUCCACAUAUAACACUACCCUCACAUCUGCCUUGAACACUGCAGCUCCGCUCCAAACAUACACCUCGAGGAGGACACAACCACAACCUUGGCAUAAUAAAUCAACACGCUAUCUGCAGAGUUGCUCCCGUUGUGCUGAACGCUCCUGGAGGAAGUCCCGCACCCAGGCAGACUUUCUCCAUUAUAGAUUAAUGUUGCAUUCAUACAGCGCAGCCCUCGCCCUCGCCAAACAGUCAUACUUUUCCUCUCUCAUUAGUUCAUGCUCCCGCAGACGUCUCUUUGACACCUUUAACUCACUUCUGCGCCCUGCUGCAGCCACCCCUCAAACUGACCUUACAGCUAAUAGCUUUGCAUGUUACUUUACCGACAAGAUUGAACAGCUAAGGAAACAAUUCUCCCCUCCUUGCCGUUCUCUUUCUCAACCACACAUAAAUCAUGCCUUCCCUACCCUUCAGAUUUUCUCCCAGGCUACUGAACAAGAGGUGGCUGCGCUUCUCCAUUCCUCUCGCCCCACCACUUCCCCGUUUGAUCCUGUCCCAUCCCACCUCAUCAAAUCUCUCUCCCCUUGUCUUGUGCCUACCCUAACACACAUCUUUAACUGCUCUCUCUCUUCUGGCACUGUUCCUGCUGACCUUAAACAUGCCACUGUAGUACCUAUCCUGAAAAAAACAUCUCUUGACCCAUCCUUCCCCUCUAACUAUCGUCCAAUAUCCCUGCUCCCUUUCUCAUCAAAGCUUUUGGAAAGACUUGUCUUUACCCGUGUGUCUUGCUUCCUCAAUUCCAACUCUCUCCUUGACCCUCUUCAGUCUGGCUUCCACCCUCUCCACUCUACUGAGACUGCUCUCAUCAAAGUCACUAAUGACCUAAUCGCAGCUAAAUCCAAAGGUCACUACUCCAUAUUAAUUCUCCUUGACCUCUUUGACACCAUUGAUCAUGCUCUCCUCCCUCAAACUCUUCAAUCGCUCGGUCUCUGUGACUCUGUUUUCCUCCUAUCUCUCCCAACGCUCAUUCAGUGUCUCCUUUUCCAAGCAUACCUCCUCCCCUCAUCCUGUCUCGGUUGGAGUUCCCCAAGGCUCUGUCCUUGGUCCCCUUCUAUUUUCUCUUUAUACUGCCUCUCUUGGCAAGCUUAUUGCCUCUUUUGGAUUCAACUACCACCUGUACGCUGAUGACACUCAGAUAUACCUCUCCUCCCCGGACCUCUCCCCUGCCAUCCUGCAACAUGUCACUGCUUGCCUUUCUUCCGUCUCUGACUGGAUGUCCUCAUGCUUUCUGAAACUCAGUCUCUCUAAAACUGAGCUCCUUGUCUUUCCUCCUCCUUAUACUGAUCCUCCUCUCUAUCUCUCCCUUCAAAUCAGUGAUAUCUACAUAAGUCCAUCCUUGCAAGCACGCUGUCUUAGCGUCAUAGUUGACUCUGGCCUCACCUUUGAACCUCACAUCCAGUUUGUUGCCAAAUCCUGUAGGUUCCAACUCAAAAACAUAGCCCGCAUCCGCCCCUUUCUUACGCAUGAUGCGACCAAGGAGCUUGUCCAUGCUCUAGUAAUUUCCCGCAUGGAUUACUGUAACCCUCUCCUGAUUGGUCUCCCCAAAAGCCGUAUUGCCCCGAUACAGUCUGUAAUGAAUGCUGCAGCUAGACUGAUUUUCUUCUCUAGUCGGUCCUCUCACACAUCGACCCUGUGCCAGUCCUUACAUUGGCUCCCUGUAUCCUAUAGGAGCCAAUUCAAAGUGCUAACCCAUACAUUUAAAGCACUGAACAAUUCUAGCCCCUCUUAUAUCUCCUCAAUGAUCCAUAGGUAUGCCCCUUCUCGUUCCCUCUGCUCUGCCCGUGACCACCUCCUGACCGCUGCUCGCACCCGUACAGCCAACUCGCGCUUGCAGAACCUCUCGCGGGUGGCUCCUUUCCUAUGGAAUAUCCUGCCUACCGCCAUCAGACUCUCCCCUAGUAUUCAAUCAUUUAAGAAGAGCCUUAAAACCCAUCUCUUCAGAAAACCUUAUGGCCUCCCAGAGUAACCUCUACCUCACAUAUCUAUCUCUUGCUCUCUCUACCCUCUCCUCCAGCUCUGCUUCACUCCCACCCUAUUUGAUUGAUAUUUCCUGUCCUAAUGUGUCUUAUACCCCACCUCCUAUAGACUGUAAGCUCAUUUGAGCAGGGUCCUUUUCAACAUAUCGUUCCUGUAAGUUUUCUUGUAAUUGUCCUAUUUAUAGUUAAAUCCCCCCUCUCAUAAUAUUGUAAAGCGCUAAGGAAUCUGUUGGCGCUAUAUAAAUGGCAAUAAUAAUAAUAAUAAUUACAAAUACACAUUUUUACACUGGACAAGACAAUUAAUUGAAAAAAACUGUAUAUUUGCACUAAAUAACUAUGGCUGACACUGCUUUGUAAAGUAGCAGCUAUUAAUAGAAGUUACGACAUGUCAAAAAUAAUUUAUAUGGUAGCUUGCCUUUAUACCAAGCUUUAGCAUUUUAGUGUUGUCGGUUUGAAUAUCUACUAUAUCAACCUCUUUUCCACAGUGAAAACGCGUACAUCAAAGCAGUUUACGAGCUGUCAUACUUGGUUGAUCACAGAUUCCGCUGCUUCCCGUAUCAUAAUGACCUUAUAUACUAUCUGAGUCCCCACGGAUUACGCUUUCGAAGAGCACUAAAAGUAGCGCAUCAACACACUGGUAAUUGGAUUGUUUUGUUUUUUACACUUUUUAUUGGGUUUGACAAAUGAUACAAAUACUACGUUACAGGAUGAAGUAAACUGCUGUAUUCACAGCUUUCAGACCAAAGUCCAGGUUUGGAUCUACUCAAACCAAGGAGAGUCAACACUAACGAGACCCAAAGUGUAUCUGUGAAUAGACCCCUUCACUGACAUAGAUCUCACAAAACUGGUUUAAUUUAUAAUAUGCCACAAGUGUGGUUCUAUAGGUCAGUGUCUAUUUUAUUAAAUACGAUGUAUCUGGACAUCUUUGGUUGGUACAUUCUUACCCAACUUAGUAAGUUAACAAUUUGCCAUUUAAAUCAUUAAAAACCCACUUCUUCAUAAAAGCGUAUAAAUUAAACUGUUAAUAGCUCCCGACUGAUUCCUCUCUUGCAACUGUCAUUAGUCUAAUACUAUCCUUACCUUUUGUGUCACUUUACCCCACACCCUCUAGCAUGUAAGCUCAUUGAGCAGGUCCCUCAACCCCUCUGUUCCUGUGUGUCCAACUUGUCUGGUUACAACUACAUGUUUGUUCGUCCACCCACUGUAAAGUGCUGCUGAAUUUGUUGGCGCUAUAUAAAUAAUAACAUAAUAAUAAUAAUUAAAACUAAAACUGCUCAUUUUUCACAGAUGCUACAUCUGCUUACAUAUUUUGACACUUGACUGAUCAUUGCUGUUUUUAUUAGAUUCCAAAUAUGGGUCUGUUUGCUCUCACACUGGAAAUAUAGUAUAUAGGUUGCAUUAGAAUCACAAUUCUGUUCUUGAAAUUUCUUCUUUUUUUUUUUUAAAUAACUACAUUCGAUUUCUCGUCAACCAGAGAAAGUAAUAAAGCAGAGAAAGGAGUCACUGAAAUAUGAAAAAGAGUUGGAGAAGAUUCAACAAAAGAGACAUUUGGAUUUUCUUGAUAUCCUUCUGUGCGCAAAGGUAAUAUCUUUCACCUGAUAAUCCCCAUAUCAGUUCCUAAAGUAAAAACUCAUAAAAUAUAAUCUCACAUGAAUCCUGCUCUGAUUCAACACCCUUACUAAAGAUCCAGAACCGGUACAGGUACAGGGACAGAAAGCUGUGAUUGAUCUAAUUUAAAGUAGGUGGACACUGUAUAGUGAAUACUGAAUAAGCUCUCAAUGAGUACUUGGAAAUCAAGUGGAAGAAUGAUGUUAUUACGUUAUUACAGUAAGCGUGGGACAUAUUUAGACACUGCAGACAGGGUUGGAUUUACCCUCUCUACUGUCUCAAUGCCUGUUUCCUCUAUGCGCCCGAGCUAGAGGGAGAGGGUAUGACUGGGAGGUAGGAUGGGACGAUCUAACUGGAUGGAUAGGGAAUGUGAUCAGUUUAGAAUAUGUGGCUGGUUGGGUGGCUGAGUGGCAAUGUGUAUGUAAGAGCAUGUUUGUGUGCAGUGCUAAUGGGUGCAUGUGAAUGACAGGUGUAUUUGUGUAGAGUGCUAGUGUGUGAAUAUAGUGGUGUGUUUUUAUAGAGUGACAGUAGGUGCAUGCAGGAACACAUAUGUGUGAUGUUUUAGUGUGCAUGCAUGGGUAUUUAGUGUCAAUGUGUGGGUUUGUUUGUGCAUUGUUUCUGCCCCUCUUUAUGUCCCUCUAUUCAUUUAUCUCUACCUCAUGUGUAUUCCUCUCCCCCUUUCCCAAAUUAUGCCAUUCUCCCAAUAAGCCUCCCUUCCUCCAAUUAUUCCCACUCCAAGUUCCCACUCCCUUUACUUGUUCACCUCUUCUUUCCCCGAACCUUUACUUGAUCUUCAUCUUCUUUCCUCCAUUUCUCGCUUGUUCAGAUUGUUGCUCUUCCUUAAAUCACCUGCUCCACUCUUCCACCCUGCUUUACACAAUUGCUCUCCUCUUGUCUUCUCCAUCCAUCCAUCACCUCUAACCCUCUACUCUACCCUUUCAAUCACUUGUUCUCCUGUUAUUUCCCAUCUUCCCCAGUUAUUCACUUCUAGUCUUCCGUCCUUUCCAUUUGUCCCUCUUCUAAUCCCCCCAUUGCCCAGCGGUGUAAGAGCUUCAGCAGUAACUGCAAACAGCAAUGUCGUACGGGUUUCUGACGUUGACUUUAUCUCUGCUCGCUCUCCUGCAGUUCCUUUGGCUGACUGCGGGGAGAGAGGAUCUGUUGCUACGGGUUCCAGAUGAGAAGGGGCAUGCGGUAUUCCCCUUUGUAUUUGAGCACUCCUGCUGUACCACCAAUGAUACAGGGUUUCAGCAGGGCCGCCCUACUCUCGUGUGCCGCACUGAGACCUUAUGGGAAAUCUGGCCCUGACAGCAGAUCUAAGUUACUAUGUGCAGGGGACAAAGAGUACCAUUCCUCCAGAACUACUACGGGGACACUAGAUGCUAUGGUGCAUGAAAUGUUCCUCUAAAAGUAAAUACAGCCUACUUCAGGGUAAAUUAUAGCAUUUAUCCCCUGCAUCUUUUUAUCCUAAUAAAUUCAGUCCUAAAUACGACAUAUGUCAUUGUUAAUAAAUAUUUUACCGUAAAUGAGCUGUGAAGUCUCUGGGAAAAUCACUUAAAAUCUAUCAAAUCAGAUAAAACGAUUUCAACUACUCUAAAUCUGACUUGGAGCCUUCACAAAACGUGUUUUAUAUUUUUAAGACCGUUAAAUUAUUUAUUUAUUUCUUUCACCAGGAUGAGAAUGGCCAGGGUCUAUCUGACGAAGACCUGCGAGCAGAGGUGGACACCUUCAUGUUUGAAGGACACGAUACAACAGCCAGUGGGAUCUCCUGGAUCUUGUACUGUAUGGCCAAGUACCCAGAGCACCAGCAGAAAUGUCGAGAGGAGAUCAGAGAGGUCCUGGGUGACCGAGAUACAGUGGAAUGGUGAGAGUCUUCUGGUAUAUUUUUUUAGACAUUUGGACCUACAUUAUUUCAGUCAUAUUACCAGUUUUUUGACAGUCUGUUUCAAGCAGUUACCUCUUAAGAAGUGCCAUUGUCUAUGUAACAAUAUAAUAUUUCUGGUGGACCUAUUCCCAUUUAAUACUGAUGGACAGUGUGUCAAUUUAGAAUCAUUGCUUUUUUUACCUCAGCCUCACUUACUCUGCAUUCACACAAUGAUCAAAGUCAAGAGCAUAUAUUCAAUCUGUUUAAAUUUUAUGGAAAUCCUUAAUGUCUGUCAUUUACACUGCCUAAUCCCAAAUUUCACAAUUCUACAUGCAGAAAGACAAUGGCAGAAAUUUAGAAAAUCAUUAUAAAGCAAAAAUAAGUAAUUUUUGUUUUACACGUAAAAUAUCACAAUUAAGAUAACGUGCAAAACAGCAUUACUCUGAGUUUAGCAGGUGUGUUAUUAAUUAGGGAACAGAGAGAAUAUUCACAAUUAUUAGCACAAUAAUGAGUAACCCAACAGCAUUGGGGUUCAGCAGUCUACACCAUGUUGAACCCUUUAUCCUUAUGACAUCAGUAUACCCCUAGAGAUUGUCCUCUGGCUUAAAAAUGGACAAAGGAAAUGUGACUGUGACUCCCAUCACUCGCAGCCAUGUAAAGGAAGUUACAAUAUUAAUUGUACUGUACUCCCUCUUCAACUUGGUAACUCCUUUAAUCUAUGAUGUGGGUCUUUAUCUCUAAUCAUUUGCAACCCUGUACCAUUAAAACCCUGCCCUUAACUAGCCAUUAAAAACUAAACUCUAGUGAACUCCAUUAGAAACUCUCUGUUCUGACGUCACCAUUUACAUCACAUACUCAGUUUAAUUCUUUUGCUUCCGGAGGUGUAACUCCACAUUUGAGAGCGUCGUUAUUGGGGCAUAAAUUAUGCACUUUUAGUAAUUGACUUGAGAAUUAAAAAUUGAAACCAAAAAUAAAACCUUUGGAACAAUUCUCCAAAUCAUCUGGUUUCUAGCUCUCUCUUGACAUAAAUUGGAAAAUUCCCCUAGCAAUUCGUCACAUCACAUGUAAUAAUAUAAUACCAUGUAUCUAGAAAGGCUAUUUACUAAAGUGGGAAUAGACCAGAAGAUUACCUAUUUAAAAACAAAAUAGCCAUGUUAAAAACGUUUGGCGAUGGAGAAUAUAGCUAAUUCAGCCGUUUUGACUUGAAUUUUGUAAUGAAGAAUUUGACAUAGGUAUAUAGAUUUGAUUUUAAAGAUUCUCUGUUUUGUGUGUGACAGGGAAGAUUUGGGGAAGCUGACUUAUACAAACCUAUGCAUUAAAGAAAGCCUUCGACUCUAUCCCCCAGUACCAGGGGUAGCACGACAGCUGGCUCAACCAAUCACAUUCCAUGAUGGACGUAGCUUACCAAAAGGUCAGUUGUCAAUUACCUUAAAAUAAAAUAAUACUAUUAUUUGGCGCAGCCUUUUCUCUGUUUUUGUGUAUACUCUUAUUGUAGAGGGUUAGAGGGUGACCCCCUAUCAGGUUGCUGCCUUUUAUUUCAUUUUAUCUAUUUCUAUUAUUAGCGCUAACCGUUUUAACUUUCUUCGUGUAUUUUAUAUGAUUAUUUCAUUUUUUGUAUCCUAUUGUUGUUAUUAUCUCACGUCAACACUAUGUAGGAACACAGUGGUUUUGUUACAAUAAUCACUGAUAUAUCAUCACCUUCUUCUGCAAAUUAUGAUAAACAGCUGCGGUUGGUGCCCUUGAUACUUCUUUAACUAAUGCAAAUUGUGUCACCCCCCCACACCCGUACAGGAGCCUGCACGUAACAAUGUGUACAGGGCUCCUGAACAUCGUCCAAGGUCUUUGCAUACGUUGCAGCAUUUUGAUAGGUUGUUGCAGCAGUCUGCAAUGUUUUUUUCAAACACAGAUGCCUGAUUGAGUUAAAGUGACUAUCGCCUUAAACUUACCGUUCUCGUAUUGUUUCCUUUUGACUUUAUCUUUAAGAAUCUGUUCUUCUUUUCUUCAUAUCUGAUCUAUUUCUCUUUAAAACUUAAGGCAAAUUAGGGACUUCUUUAUCUUCUGUAUAUUUACUACACUGGGCAAUCUUGACAAAGGGUGGAGCCCAAAGCAAGCUUCACCCUUUGUUAGUGGAAAAAGGAAGUGGAGCUUGCCUUAAGCCUGAGCUUAAGUAAAGGAAAAAUGCAUACAGCAAAGGAGUCCCUACUCUGUCUUAUGUUUUAAAGAUAAAUAGAAGAAAUUAAAGAAAAACAUUAGAAGAAAGUUAGGUUUGAGGUGACAGUCACUUAGGCAACAGUAUUUACUGCAUGUAGACAGCCCUGACACUACCACUAGGCAAACAACGCAGCAACCUGGAGUACACAGCCACCUAUGGCGCAGCCAGUGGCAAAACUACAGGGUUUGCUAAGAUCGCGAGUCAGACCAGGCCUCCCUAUGUUCCCCUUGUCAAGGAGGCAGACAACUGCUCACUUACUAUUGCUUACCUGAAUGUCAGAUGCCUUCUCUGCCAAAACAAGGUGUCCAGGGAGGGCUGAGCAUGAAUAGUGAGCUAUUCCUCACUGCUCCCUCGUGCGUCCUCUGUGGCGAUGCUAGGAGUUGGAAUAUGAUGUCGCUCAGGCCCCGGCAUCACUAAAUGGUGCAUGAGGGAGCAGUGAGGAAGAACAAGAAGAUUCAUGCAGCCCCAGGGAGAUGACGCACCCCAGCACUCCCAAAGGUAGGUAGGCUGGGUGGGUCUCAAAUUUAUUUUCAAAAAAUCCUAUAAAUUAAAUUAAUUUGUAAGUGUGUUUGAGAGAAUGUGUAUGUGUGAGUGUGUCAAACUAGUGAGUGUGUCUGUGAGUUGGUGUCAGUGCAUGUGUGUGUCUGUCAGUGCAUGUGUGUGUCUGUCAGUGCAUGUGUGUGUCUGUCAGUGAGUGUGGCUGUCAGUGUGUGUCAAAUGAGUGAGUGUAUCGAACAUCUUGUGUGUUCAGUCAUUAUCUACCUCAUUCAGCAUAUGUUACAAUGCAUCACUAUGUGACGUUUCAUUUCUGUUUUUUAGUUACCAAGCUGUAUCCCAUGCAUGGGUAUAUAAAAAUGAAUGUAUCUGUCUGUGAGUGUGUCUGUCAGUAAGUGUCAAAUCAUUAAGAUUGUAUGUAUGUCAUUGUGUCUGUCAGUGACUAUGUGUGCCUGUCAGUGUACGUGUAUCUGACUGUGUGUCUGUUAGUGAAAGUGUGUUGGUUAAACAGUGUGUGCACCAAUGACUUUGUGUCUGACAUACUGUUACUGACAACUUGUAUUUGUGUCUGUGUAUCCCAAAACGUAUGGAUGUUAUAGAAAUCUUUUUUUAAUUUUUAUUUUUUUUUAUAAUGUCAUACAUAUUUUUUUUUACAUAAUGGAUUUUUAAUUUAAAAAGUACUAUUAAAUAAAAAAAUUUAAAAAAGCACUGUAACAAGUACACACACAUUUUUCCUGUGCUCCCGCUUUUUUCCUCUGUGGUAGCGCUGGGAGGAAAUGAUGUUUAUUUCAUGAAAUUUAGUAGUUUUAAGUUGUAUGCUCUUCAUUUUUUCUUCAAAUCUGUUUUUAAAAAUCAAAGUUGGCAACUUUUGCUUUUUUUCAUACUUUAAAAUAGUCUAGCACCGGACCUGUAUUAUGUAGGUGUUAUUUUCACCUACAGUCACAAUGCUUGCAUCCUACUGACACUUUGGAAAUCUACAUUUCCAAAACCGCCAGUAGAUUAAUUAGAAAUAUGACCAUAAUCAGGGUAUUUGAGCGUUUUCCAAAUUAAUAUGAAACAUUCCUUUAUACUCAAAAGUGAAAGUGUUAAAUGCAGAAAGAUGUUCGGUAGACAGGAUUUUACAGGAAGAUCAGUCUGGAUCAGGAUCUUAAUUUGUCAGAUAUUCAAUAUAAAAACCUACAUAAUAACACUAUAAUAUUUGUAUUACUGGAAUUUUAUCAGGACUUUACAUCCCUCUGAUUCCCUCUACCAACUGACAGGUGCGGUUGUACUUCUGAGUUUUUAUGCCAUGAACAGAUCAUCCAGACUUUGGAGAGACCCGGAGGUAAUUUUGAGAUAGAGGGACUACAUUUGUGCUUUUUUUCUCUCUUCUAUGAAAAUAAUCCUGUUUGUGCUUACUAUUUUAUUAUUAUAGUGUCCUGGUUCAAAAAGUCAUGUAACGGGGGAUGGAGGAAUUGAAAGGGAAUUGUUUACGGGGUUCAUGGGGCACUUGUGGUAAAAAAAGAUACCAUGAGGGGGUUUGGUUGUUGCAGGGCCGCCACCAGAAAUUUUGGGGCCCCUAACUGAGCUCAGGGUCUGGGCCCCUGGGGGCCCGCCUCCAAAACCGCCCACAGAGUCCACCUCCAAAUCCCGCCCACAGGAAUACAUACACAGACACAAACACAUUCACUGAUACAAAAGGACACAGAUACACACACACACACACACUGAUACAUUCUAACAGACACACAUACUGAUACGCAUAUAGGCAUACAUACUGACACACAUACUGAGACAUACACACAUAUACAGACACACAGGCGUACAUAGCGACAGACACAUACUAACAUACAUACAGACACACAUGCAUCAGGACAUGCAGACAUACACUGACAUUCAUACAAACAUAAUGAUUUGCAUACAGGCAAACAGACAUGUAUACAGACAUACAGACAUGCAUACAGACAUACAUACAUACAGACAUACAUACAAACAUACAUUCAUACUGGCAUACAUACAUUCAUACAGACACUGACACCAUACAUACACACAUUCAUAAUGACAUGCAGACAUACAUACACUGACAUUCAUACACACAUAAUGACAUGCAUACAGACAUACAGACAUGCAUACAGACAGACAUACAUUCACAUACACACACAGCUCAUUUUCCAGCCACCCUCUUGUCUCUUACCUUGUCUUUGCAGGAGGGUGGCUGGGACUGAUGGGAUUGGGAGUCGGCUGGCUCUUCCUCUUCAUUGCCGGGCGCGCGCUCCUCCCGUUGGAGUGAGCUGGGAGGAAGUGACCCCUUCCUCCCAGCAGCACGUGCACUGUGGCGGCAUUUUUUUUUUUUUAAAGGGGCCCGGUCGUGCUAUACCACGGCCACAGCGCUGACCAGGCCCCUGAAGAUAUGGGUCCCAUCGAGAGGCUCUAAGUGCGUGGGCCACCCGAUGGGCCCCAUCAGCGUGCAGGCCCCGGUGGAACUGCACCGGUGGCAGUUCCGCCGCUAAACAUGGGGCCUGGGCAGCUGGGCCCUCCAGGGCCGCCGGGCCCGUGACCCCCUGAUGGCGGCCCUGGUUGUUGGUAGGAUUAGUGAACAGGAUGAGGGAUUACAGAGUGGUAGGUCAUAGAUAACAGGUAAUAGAGUGACUGACAGCUAUAGAAUGUAGCCAAAAGAGGCUCGGGUACACCAAGGCUCAAUUUCAGGUAGCCUUAUUGGAACAUAUUGAAACUAGCAACGUUUCCACCUCUCAAGCAGGCCUUAGCCAAAGAGACAAGGAGAGGUUGAAAUAUGUUCCCGUAAGGCUGUCUGAAAUUAAGCCUUGGUGUGCCCGAACCUUUUUUGGAUUUUCUGCUGUUAAUUUGGGUAGUACUGCCCAGAUUGCUUGACACCCUUUUUGGCUCUCCUGAAGGAGUGCAGAUCCAGUUUUUUUGUGAAAAACUAUAGACUUUAUGCCAUGGGUUUAUAUAUAUAUAUAACACAUUAUCUAAAAUGCUCAUUUUUCAGGUUUUUGAUCCCUUGCGAUUUUCCUCUGAAAAUACAACUGAUAGACACUCAUAUGCUUUCUUGCCCUUCUCAGCUGGACCAAGGUAAGUGUCAUCAAAGUUCAAUGCUCAUAUAUUCUGUUUUCUGUGUACUAUAAACUCAUUCGGAAUAGAAACCUGUAUAUAUAACACUAUGGGGUCUAGUCUAUAGUUAGUUUAGUGGGCCCACCCAUUUAAAAUUAAAAUGUAUAAAAAAAUUAAUUUUACUCAUGUUUUUCCAGUGCUGAAAGUCCCUCCACCUAUCAUUACGUCAUCGAGGAGAAGAAGUUUCCUCAUCGCUGGUCCAAUCCAAUACUCCUUAUUAAAGAGCAUUGGGGACUGUCGCAAACUCAUCCAAUGCUUCUCAUAGUAAAGCAUUAGACACAGCACUAUGAUAUGCAACAUGGUGUGACCAAGUUUUAAUCAGUCAUAGCACCUCUGGUGGCUAUCUGCAAAAUAGCAUUGAGAUGAAGUGGUCUAGCUGACUUUAGUAGUCUUUUUUUAAGCCAGCAUCCUACAAAACAUGGUUAGCUUUUAUACCUACACUAAAUGGCUUCCACUCAUUAUCAAAAUAUUAUCAGUAUAGUAACAUAAAUCCCUAUUGAAAUUGUAUUUUAAUGGUAAAACAUGCUGGCUUAUGAAAGUCUGUACUAGAUGUUGUGCUCGUGUAUGUGUGACUUCAAAUGCCAUGAAAUACACCAGGCGGUCAGAACUCGUUCUCAGCCCCACCCAUUUACGUACCUUAAAAUGGAGUACUACAAAACAUCUUGAAUGAGUCAGAGGUGAUCUUUUUAUCUAAAUGUUUUGCUAGUGGUUUUUCUAAUACAAUGUAUAUAUAAAAUGUUACUGUGUGCCUGAAAGUAAUCUUGUAAUCCACUUGUCAUAAAUCAUGUUGUCCCUUUAAUUAUUUUCGAAUGAAUGCCAUAAUGAACUUGUACAUCUAUUGUGUUUCCAGGAACUGCAUCGGACAAAACUUCGCAAUGAACGAGAUGAAAGUGGCUGUAGCUCUGACUUUACAGAGAUUUGAUCUGACGUCCGACCCUCAACACGAGCCACUAAAAGUUCCACAGUUGGUCCUACGUUCCAUCAAUGGAGUUCACAUCAACUUGAAGAAGAUAUAA